AUGCUAUAUAGCCCGGUCAAGUUCCGGUUAACGGUUGUUAAACCGUAUAACUACGACCCUAAUAUAGACGAUCCUAAAGAUAUCGUCUAUGCCGAAGGACCGGCCCGCCCUAGCAGGCUAGAGGUCAGGAUACCGGCUGCAGCCGCCCCUCCAGCCGCGAUAACACUAGCAGCCGCGACAUAUCCGUCGCCAGCCACUAGCCCUAAUCAAGUCAGGCUAGUAUCACCAGCACAUAUAAUAUCUAACAUUAUAAUCAAUAAGGACCAAGAAGAAGCUCUCGUUAACACUAUAGCUUCUAACACUAUUAUUAAUAUCUCCUUCCUUACCGCGAAAGAGUAA